GCGGGCCUUUCAAACAUGGAGGAGCGCGAGUGGGGGGCGAGGCCGGCUCGCGCCGGCAGCCCAGCCAGCCCGCCCAGCCCGCGGCUGGACGUCAGCUCCUACAGCUUCGACCCGCUGCUGGCCCUGUACUCGCCGCGCCUGCCUCCCAUCCCCUACCCCAACGCGCCCUGCUUUAACAACGUGGCGGAGUACGAGAGCUUCCUGAAGGGCGGGCGCACCGGGCGCGGCCGGGCACGGGGCACGGGGGAGCCGGCCUCGGCGGGAACCUCCACCGGAACCUCCACAGGAGCCGGGACCACCACCAGGAGCCGUCGCCGCGCCGCGCCCACCCCAGAUCCCGAGCGCAUCCAGCGUCUCCGUCGCCUCAUGGUGGUCAAGGAGGACGCGGACGGCACGGCCGGGGCUCGUCGCCAGGGCCCCGGGCGCAGCAAGAAGGCGCCCCGCAAUGUGCUCACGCGAAUGCCCCUGCAUGAAGGCAGCCCCCUGGGUGAGCUCCACCGCUGUAUCCGAGAGGGAGUGAAGGUCAAUGUUCACAUCCGCACUUUCAAGGGACUUCGGGGUGUCUGCACAGGCUUCCUGGUUGCAUUUGACAAGUUCUGGAAUAUGGCCCUCACUGAUGUGGAUGAGACCUACCGUAAGCCUGUGUUAGGCAAAGCCUACGAACGGGACUCUUCGCUGACUCUCACAAGGCUGUUUGAUCGGCUGAAACUUCAGGAUUCCUCCAAAAAGGAAGCAGAUUCCAAGUCUGCAGUUGAAGACUCCACCCUGUCUAGAUACUCCCAGACAUCCACUUGGAAGGUGGCUUCAGUGUGGGGACGAGGAGACACUGACCGGGGCUCCUCCCACAGGCGCUCACGCUCUGUCCCCUCCUCCCUGCAGGCGUCUGCGAGGGAGGGGUCCAGGUCUGAGCUGUCAGGGAGGACUACACGGACAGAGGGGUCCAGUGCGGGAGGCACCUUCUCCAGGGCCACCACCCUUUCACGGGGCACAUCCCGAAAGAAAAAGAAAAAGCCCAAGGUGGAUUACCAGCAGGUAUUCACGCGACACAUAAAUCAGAUUUUCAUUAGAGGCGAGAAUGUCCUGCUGGUUCAUCUCGCACAGUGACCAGCUCAGCCCCACUUGACCCUUGGGUUUAGAAAUAAAGUGCAUGACCUGUUCCUUUGCCAUACCCUAGUACCCCAAUCAAAGUGUGAGUCACAGGGGUUCCCACUGGUCCUGCCCGUUCAGAGGACAGAGCUGGCUCACCCUCUGGAAGCCGAGUCGAGGGGUGGACUGGUCAUCAGUCCUAAGCAGGCAGAAGCCAUCCACGGUGUAUCUCUUGCCGGGCUGUCCUGGUCUACUCCAGAGUCUCAAGCGUAAGCUGUUCCCUUUGCCUCAGGGUCAUAGCAAGAGUGGAAUCCUCUCCAUGGAAACUGUAAGAAACGCCUAAGAAAGAAUGAUUUCAUUUCUAAAAGCUAGUGCUCUGAGCACCCUGAGUCUGACCUAAGAACAACAGUGUAAAUCGCCCGAGAGCCCUGCACCCAUAUCUUGGAACUGACCUUUGCUCUGCAUCAUUCUGUCUUGACCAAAAAGUGACAUUUCUCAUCCUUGAAUAUUAAUAAGGUCUAGGAAAGUUACCAAUGUAUGCAGGAGUAAAGCUCAGCUAGGUGGCUGCUCUAAGUAGUCCGUGGAGACAGCUCCACUUUGAUCCCCUCUUCUCGCGGGAAGGAAAGCAGAAGCUUGUUGAUCUGCCCCUCACCAGAGGUGGCCUCUGCACAUGGUGUACCAGAUGGGACUGUGCCGUGCUUGUGGCUCGUUGUCCUCUCCGACUCCUGUGGCAUGGUGCUAGUGUGCAUGUGCUCUGUGGUAUCACCCCGUGUGUCGUGUGUCAACUGUCCUGAUGUGACCUUCGUGUCUGACCACAGAGAGUUCUGCAUGAACUCAGUAAUACCCAUGUAUCACGUGGCUGAGAGUCCCCUUUCUAGGCGGGACUGGGUGGUUACUGUGAAAGAGGGGUCAUACACUUCUCUUCCCUGUGCCAUGCCUGUGAGGGUCUUAGAAAUGAAUGGGUGUGUCCUAAGGGCACUUGGCUCCCAUUUAAGCUUGAGUGACAGGAAUACCAAAGGACCCAGGGAUGCUCCUACUUGAAUUCUAUCACUGUAUGCUUUUCAGUCACAAUACAGAAUGGGCUACAUCUUGACACAGACUGUUAGGCAAUGUUGAUUUUCAUUGUUUAUACUUGCUUUAUGUUAGAUAACUUAUGUUCCAAGUAAGACUAAAAAAUAACUAGUCAAAAUGUAUGUAUGAAUAGAACGUUUCCCCUGCUGGGUUUGUAGAUAGCAAGGAUAAGCCUCCUCAGACGCAGGCUAAAUAAAGUUAUGUUAGCUGGACCACUGCCUCAUCAGACAAUGAAAAGUGAGCAGAUGAGCCUCCGUUUCCCCAUCAGACACCUACCUCACCAGGGCAUUGUGGCAGAAUUCUAGGAAGGUGUUUUACAGCCUCUAAGCAUAUCCAAGUGCCAUGAGUAAUUUUCCUCACUCUCUUGCAUAGCUCAGUAAACAUUCUCUUGUCCUAUGAGCAAAGCGGGUGCUAUUUAAGAAAGGUGUCUUCCCAGCUGUCGGCUGCGGUCCUGUAGCCAUCCGCAGAGGGCCGUGAGAACUGAGCAACUGUGUUUCACAGCCUGUUCUUCCCUCCAGAGAGGAACUGUUCUCAGAGGAACAUCUUCAUUAAGGAAAGAGUGACUUUCUUUUUGCUGCUCCCCGACAUCUCAGCCCCUGUUUUUCAAGCAUAUCUGUUGUGUGCGUUGUUUCCAGAGGGGAUUUGUGGGCUUUCUGUUUUCUGUUCACCUGCUUUUAUUUCUCAUCAUAUCUAAGUUUGAAGGCAGGGCAGAUGCACUGAGGGCUGUGGAGGCAUUGGGUACAGCCCAGGCUCAUGAUUCUUGUCUUCUGAUCUAAAUUCCCUUCUGCCUCCUGUGCCCGGUCUCUGUUCUCCAGCCACUCCUCAGGCUGUAUCGCCUCCAUCCCCACCCGUGUUGCCUGUGUGGCUGUCCGUAGCUAGGAGCUGUAAUGGAUGCUCUUUUUUCCUGCCUAUGUGGGAAUGUGCAAUCAAAAAGAACAGAAGGGAUUUAUGUCCAUCCUAGUGACCCUCCUGACUUAUUUUACACACAUGCUAGUUUCAUGUUGCUGUAUAACUGUCCUGUAUUUCUAUAAGGAUUGAUUGAUAAUUUCCUGCUCAUCAUGACAGCGGGAGCUGUGGAAAUUGUGCGCUCUCCCUUUAGAUUGCCUCCACUGUUUAAUUUGGACAGUGAUCUGAAAUGAAUGCUCGCUAGGAAAUGUGCAAUUUUGUGCAAAGCAUGGUAUUUAUUUUUCGAUAAGUCAAUCUAAUUAUUGCCUUUUAUUUAUUAUUGGAAAAUUUUUCAAAAAUAAAGAAAAAUAGGUUCUAAUGUAUUGCUGUUCAAAAAUGAUAUCACAUAAAUUAUAGUGAGUCACUGUAGUGACUGGACUGGGCUGGUUGUUUAGUGAUAAGCUCAAUGCUUGGUGUUCAGAGACCCUGAGUUCAGUCCCUGGCAUGAAUGAAUGAGUGAAUGAGUCAAUCAGUCAAUAAAAGUUGCUAUGGAAACAGCUGAGAAAGAAAGACCCCAAGGAAAGGAGUUGGUAAGGUCGAGUACUAGCAGACUCUAGAAGACCCCUUCCUUCUAAGGAACCCAUGAAUCUAGAAUGGAGUAGAGCCUCCUCACUGGUGUUCUGUGGAGAUUAGGGUUUUCUUUUGAAUAAACAGUUUUGGUUGUUCAAACUAAUUUUUAGACACCCAGAUAAUUCACAGAAUAUUCCUGUAUUCUUGUUGAGGUCUUUUCAGGAGUAUUUGGCUUUGUUGGGUGGUGGUGUUGCCAGCAAUUAGUAUGGUCAGUAAUUGGCUUGUUUUUGUUUUUUUGGUUUUCUUUUUUAAUUUUUUUUAUUGUUUUAAUUGAACUAUAUAUAUUUUUCUUUUCCCCUACCUUCCUCUCCCCUCCCCUCCUACCCUCUCCCAUGAU